AUGCAAGCUCGAGACUCAGAUGGGAUGAUAAUGUCUAUGGAUGGCGCUAUGGAUCUAGCAUCUGGCAACAUGCUCACCUAUUUGCAUUUCACCAUUGGUGGUGAUAUUCUCUGGUUCGAAGGCUGGGUACCGCAAGGACCCGGAGCGAUGUUCGGUGCUUGUGUGGGCUUGUUCUUGCUUGCGCUCGUAGAUCGAUGGAUUGCAGCCUGUAGAGCGAUGAUGGAAGUUCAUUGGGCGAAAAGGGCUCAGAUUGCAUACACCAACAAGCUCAAUGCGAAUGGAGAUUCGGAGAAGAAGAAGAGAACAGUCCCUCCGUCGACAGUGGGCAACACUCUUCUUCUGCGACGUGCUCCACCUUUCAUCCCUGCUCACGAUAUCGUUCGAGGAAUACUGCACGCUGGACAAGCUGCGUUCAGUUUCGCGUUCAUGCUGGUUGUUAUGACCUUCCAAUUGGGUUUCAUUAUCUCAAUAAUCGUUGGGCUCGGAGUAGGCGAAACGUUGUUUGGACGCUAUGCCCAUGCUGGGACGACGUUGCAUUGA